UCCUAACAACGAUUUUUUUCCAUCCUAACCAUUAAUUUCUACCUCUGGGCGAAGGAGCUUCCACAGAAAUCUAAGCUUGUAAUUUGAGUGACUGUGCAUUUCUACUUGACUCCUAGUAAACUAACACCUAUUUUGCAUAUUAAAAAAAUGUAGGAGAUUGAACUCCCUAAUAUAUACCCAAAGGACAUCCAGAUAAAGCAGAAACCAGUGCUGAGAACUUACUGAAGAUGGGAGCUCUGCAUUUUUGUUCAGGGGUUCUCAUCCUGAUGCUACUGGGACAACUGGGCUCCUGUGCACCAAUUGUAUCGUUUUGUGAUGACAAAGAAAUUGGGGUAUACGUGGAUCCAAAUGACAUUUCCAGUUUCUAUCAAUGCAUGGGGAACAUAACUAUCUACAGCACCUGCCAAAAUAACCUGAUCUUUGACAUACAGAAAAUGUGGUGUGUUCACCCACCAACUGUCUUACCAACAAAGAGCACAACAGAAGCACUACAGACUCCAAAACCUACUUUGCAGCCCACAGCAACCAUUUCAAAGGCGCCAACAACCACAACCCCGGCUCCAGUAGUCACUACAAAGGCUCCAGUAGUCACCACGAAGGCUCCAGUAGCCACCACAAAGGCUCCAGAAGUCACCACAAAAGCCCCAACAGCCACCACAAAGGCUCCAGUCAUCACUACGAAGGUUCCAGUCAUCACUACGAAGGCUCCAGUCAUCACUACGAAGGCUCCAGUCAUCACCUCACAUACAACAGUAUCCAUCUCAGGAAAUUUAUCCUUUUGCAAUGGGAAACUUAAUGGAUUCUAUGAAGAUCCGCAGGACAACACCAGUUACUAUUUCUGUCUGUCAGAAAAAACGCAACAUCUCGCUUGUGAACCCAAUUUAGUCUUUACUAUGAUGGUUGUUGCAUGUGUGCAUCCAACGUUGCUACCAAUCUUAGUCUCAACCACAGCGACAACAACAAAGAAGACCCCAACAACUUCAAGGGAGACCACUAUAAUGACAACGGAGGCCCCAACAACAAUAAAGAUGACUAUAUUGACAACAGAGGCACCAGCAACAAAGGAAACUACAAUAAUUACAACAGAGGCUCCAACAAUAAAGACCACCAUAAUGACAACCCAAGUCCCAACAACAACAGAGGCCACAACAACAAUGGCAACUGUAAUGACAACAGAGGCCCCAACUACAGAGGCCCCAACAACAAUGGCAACUGUAAUGACAACAGAGGCCCCAACUACAGAGGCCCCAACAACGACAACUGUAAUGACAACAGAGGCUCCAACAACAACAACUGUGAUGACAACAGAGGCCCCAACAACAACAACUGUAAUGACAACAGAGGCCCCAACAACAGAGGUCCCAACAACAACUGUAAUGACAACAGAGGCCCCAACAACAACAACAACUGUGAUGACAACAGAGGCGCCAACAACAGAGGCCCCAACAACAACAACUGUAAUGACAACAGAGGCUCCAACAACAACGACAACUGUAAUGACAACAGAGGCUCCAACAACAGAGGCUCCAACAACAACGACAACUGUAAUGACAACAGAGGCCCCAACAACAACGACAACUGUGUUGACAACAGAAGCCCCAACAACAACAAAGACCACUAUAAUGACAACAGAGGCCCCAGCAACAACAGAGGUCCCAACAACAACAAAGACUACCAAAGUAACAACAAAGGCUCCAACAUCAAGUGUGACCCCUUUCACAAUCAAGGAAACCUCUGCAGUGACAAAGGCAUCAACAGUGGCUCCUUCAACAAUUGGGAAUGUCACAACAGCCACUCCAGGUCCCAGUAUUGUGGAUCCAGACUUCUGCCAAAAGAAGAAUAAUGGAUAUUUUCCUGAUCCAGCGGAUAGGUUUCACUUCUAUCAAUGUGCAUUUGGUCAAACAUUCCACUUGUCAUGUCCAGACCCACUGGUUUUCAAUCCAAUACUGAGGGUGUGUGACUGGCAAACUAUUGAUCCAAAAGACGUUUUUAAUAUGACAUUCUGCAGAGAUAAAGCAGAUGGAAACUAUGUUGAUCCUAUUAAUCCCAAUAUGUACUACCAAUGUGUUGGAGGAAUAACUUACCACGGGGCUUGCCAGACUGGUUUGGUUUAUGAUGCAGUAUCAGAUGCCUGUGUCUGGCCAUAUAGUACCCCAACAACAGCACUGCCACAGCUUACUACACAAGGAUUCACCAUGGCAACCACCACUAGAAGGCCAAACCUCUGCUGUGGGAAAGACGAUGGGUUAUAUCCAAAUCCAAAGGAUGAAUCUAGCUUUCUUCAGUGUGCAUCAGAAAUUACAUUCUAUAUGUCAUGUCCUACUUCUUUGGUUUUCAACCCAGAAACAAAAGUGUGCGACAGGCCCUAAGAGCUCCAAGUAGCAUAAGGACAGGAUAUCUUGGCCCUCCCUUGACUCGGUGUUAUGACUUCAAUUAUCUGCAGUUGGAAAUCUGACAUCACCUCUUCUAGAGCUUUUUAAGGACAUCUCUGUUAAUAUGGACUAUUCUAACUCUUAUAGGAUUCUCCGAUUAAUGAAGGGAGCGUCUGAUAUGGCUCCUGAAUGCAUCUUCUUGAACUUUCUAUUCAGAGAUUAUAAUUAAGUAACUUGUUCACUUCCUGUCUAAUUAUGUCUGACUUUGGAAUCUUGGUGUUAUGCAUCACAAAGGUUGAUCUAAAUCUCAAUAUCAAUUAUGUUAGAUAAGACAGUAUGCAGUAGGAAGGUUAACCAAGCACAUCUUUCCAAUUUAGUUGAACUCAGAACUACAAAUAGCCCAUCAAUUGGGUAAUUAUUCCUGUGGCUCCAUAUGCCACAUGUUUUGUGCAACUUUGCAACUGACAUGUUUGGGUUUGAUGAUUGAAGAUCUGUCUAUGAUAGUAAGCUGAUUAAUCUGAAAACUAUAUUCAAAUAAAAGAUUAGUAAUUGCUGUAAUGUGUUU